UGGUUUGUUUUUGAAUGGUGGAGGUGAACCUGUAAGGCAGGACCAUGUCACUUGAUCAACCAUAUCCACUGCUACAGUGAAUUAUUUUUGGCUCAUUGUGGGCCAUGUUUUUUCCCCUUAGGCAAGCCGAGGCUCUGAUAUACUGCCACAUUGUUUCGAGUUCUGUUGGCCUGCCGAGACAAGUAUAUAGGACUCUCGGGGCUUAUCUGGGUUCUCAAGGAAAAGUUUUACACAUGAAUUCUAUAGUCUUCGAAUGACUGAAUGACAUGGUUUAUAAAGCCAUAAUUGCCCGUCGUCGACUAAAGAACUGUGUGUGCUGUUUCUGGAGAAGAUGUCAGAAGUAGCAGAGUAUGUGAGGAAAUUAGUACACCCUAUUGCGGAAGUCCGUAGUCGUGCUCUCGGUUCCCUUCUUCAAAAAGUUGAGCUAAAGUUGGUGACGUGUUGCAGACUAAGCCAGCACAAAGACCUACUAGCUAAUCUGCUACAGCUACUGGACCUGGGGCCUCACACUCUAAGAUCGCAAAUUCUGAACUUGCUUUUAUUUCUGUUUAAGGAUGACUCGGCAAAAAGGCAGUUUAUCUAUCUUGGUGGGGCUCACUAUCUCCGUAGCUUGAAGGCAACAGCUCCUCUCGAUCUUCUGCCAGACAUUAACCAUCUACUGCAGAAGCUUCAGCAUAGUCCAUGUCAAGCAUCUGAAGAGAGAAUUCUUAGAUCACCAGAGUUUCAUCAGCUACACGUGGAAGAGGAGCCACAGAGAGCAGCAUCAAUAAACAGUUCAGAAUACAGCUUUGCAUUUGCAAAUAAUCAUGGCGCUAAUAUUUAUGAAAUGGGUUAUAAUGUGGACGGAAGUCGUUUGGAUAGUUUGUGUGAUGUAACUCUCCAAGAACAUUCUGUGACGGACCAAGAAUCACCUGUGACAUUUACAACCUUUCCAUGGCAGGCCUUAACAGGUGUAGAUCGGCGAGUGCUGGACUCGACAACGCAGUCACUACUAAGUCACAAUGAGGCCGUGGUGGUGGCAUCUUUGCAUUUUCUCGAUGCCGUUGUGCUUAAAGACUUCCCUCCAGAAGUUCUUCUACAAAGACCAGCAGUUGUACAGACUGUUUAUGGGUGUAUACAAGAGGAAGGGGAGCAUGCUUGGCGUGUGCAAGGUCCUGCGUGCAACUGCUUGUUGAGCCUGACUCGCCUGCUGAGCACUCGAGUUGCACAUUUCAAAGACAAACAUCUAACACCAGGAAAGGAACAAAUUACAUCACCCGCAUCAUCAGGAGAGGCUUCUUCAAAUUCAGAUAUUAGUAGAGGUAGCUGCUGUUCUUUUUAUGGUGGCUAUAUUCGGAACACGGGUAUUGAUAGCCACAUUCCGAAUACCAAGGAAAAGGAUAACCGGCAACUGGGAGAUGGACAAGAUAGAAGCAGCUCCCUCAAUAAUGUGACUAAGGAUCUGUCGGGUACCACUGUACAUGACGAAGAUGAUGGGGAUGAAUUUAUUCUUCUUGGAAUGCAUCAGUUAACCGUAACUGGACACUGUAGCCACAUUAUGAGACGCGUGUGCUCCCUCUUGGUGUCAUUAAGACCAUCGAUCCAAGAUGCCAGUCUCCGUCUACUCACUUCCUGUUUAGCCCUCCUGCACCAAUGUGUACAACCCCAGCAUUUAUGGGAACAAGAGGAUUAUGACGCAGCUACUGAGGAAGUCGUAGGAGAAAUUAGAAGGGUUAUUCUAUGCAUUUCACAUCUUAUUAUGGCUAGCUUUGAAGCCAAACAUCUAGCAGGAACACACACUGAGGCCGUGAGACAAGUCUUGAAUAUCCAUUGCUUGGCAUUAGUACUGAGCAGAGUUUUUACAGAUUUCAUUCCUAUUGAAGCUUCUAACCAGGUGAUUGAUGGUGAUGUGUGUGAAGGACUGAUACUCAUUUUAUGUGAUGGAGGCUUUUAUUUAGAACACAAGAAUCAAUAUGAUAUUUUACUGCAGUAUCUCAUUCAAGCAAAGCCUAUGGUUGCCACCCAAAUAAAAAGUGUACUGUUUGCCGCCGAGUCUCUCCACGCUACCUCAGACUUUUUGCAGACGUCGUCAUCACAGAUAACAGAGUUUCUUGAUCUUGCCGAGAAGGCUGUGCCUGUUUCAAGUAUUCAUCGGAGUAACGUGCUGGUGGAAAAAUUUAUCAGGGGUGCUGCUAAACAGAUUGCACUGGGUAAUAUGGACAAAGAAAAAGUAGAGAAAUCAAGACGCCUACUGCUACAAAUUCUUGUGUUUCCAGAUGUCACUGUUAGGUUAAGUGGAUAUAAAUCUGUUCAACGACUUGUGGAAGAUAGUGUUGGAAUAUCACAGGCAGCAGACACCUCAAUGAGUCGAUCUCCAAGAAUCCUCCUCCUCCUGUCAGCAACAGUCAUCAGGCAUCUUCUCUAUCAUGGAUUUGUAGAUGACAAUGAAGAGGUUAUUAAAGCUGCCAAAGAUAUAAUACAUGGAUUGUUGCUUGGCCAUCCGCUGAUGAGCACCCCUGUGUUGACUGCUGCGGUUCAGUGUUGGCGUGCAUGUCUCUCAGACCUCCAGUGUCUUUCUGACUCGUACACUAGUCUUGGUCGAACAAUCAUCAACCUCCCCUCAAUUGUGUAUGAGGGUGAUCGUACAUUGCAAAAUAUUGAGCACUUGAAAUAUUGGCUUCAGUGCCUGUAUUCACGAGAUAGAGACACGAGAAUUCAAGCUCUGUCACGUGUGGUUCAGAGACUUGUAAUAACUGGAGGCGACUUUCUUCCUGAUCCACAAGACUUUAACCUUGCCAUUCAUCAUGACCUCUUGAUUUUGAAGAAUCCCUCACAACUCUUUGUUGUGAACAAUAUGGCUGCAGAGGAGAGUCGAUUGAUGAAGGUGAUGGAGCUGAUCCUCGGUAGAGGGAUUGAGCCAGGGGUUCGUAAGGCUGCAUGGUCUCAGCUGGCCUUUCUGUUAGAGGAUCCCAGGCUUCAUGAACCCUUUCUUGAGCUGUGUUCUCUCCAGUUUCUGGUGAUGAAUUUUGUCAACAUGAUGAAGCGUGAUGGGUCACAAAAUGUGUCAGUGGAGUACUUACCUGGAGCAGUGGAAUGUCUGAGGUUGCUGGCUACUAACUCUGCUCACAUCAGGACAACAUUGCUCCGAGACGAGGAGGUCUUGUUGUGUGUUGUUAGAGCUGCCCGCCUUUAUUAUGCAGAUGAGCGUACCAGAUGUCAAGCAUCUUGUUUAUUGGCUCUUCUCCUCUACAAUGAUGUCAUUACAUAUUUGGAAACUAAAAAAGAUAAAAAUGCAGUGAAUGCUGGUGAAAAAAAUUUCAUCUGUGUACCAGAACUCUUGUCCUCUAGGACUCAUUUGCCGUUUGUAUGCGAUACUUACAUUUGGCUUGAGGAGUAUGGUUUAUGUGAGGAGAUGAGAACAGUGCAUCACAUUCUGCAGGAAAAAGAUUGGCCAGUGCUUGAGUUUUUUAAAACUGUGUGGACAGCAGCCUGUGUUGGUGGAAUUGAACACAUUGAUUUGGCCUUUGAUCAGCCAUCCAAAUUCUCUGUUAAUUUGCAGCUCAGUAAAUAUGAUGCAUCAUUAUUAAAGUCAUCAGUUUUAAGAGUAGCCAUGAUGGAGUUGCUUAAAAACGUUGAGAAUGCCACUUCCCAUCACGAUGUGAAGAGAAAUAUCAAUACUCUGAGCUUUUAUAUUCAACAAGUGCAGUUUGCAUCAUGCAAAAAUGAAGAAUUUUUUGUUUCCAAUCAUUGGACACAAAGCCUCCAGCGCUUUCUCACUUCCCGGCCGAAUUCCUCUGUUGACGAGCAGCUCCUUACACAUAUAUUGAACUCUGUAUCCAUCAGUCUUUCAAUAUACCUACCACUUGUGAAGGGUGGUCAAGCUCUCUGUCCACAAUUCCUUCCGCUGCUGCUGAAUGAACUGAAGAAUCAGGAUAGUGCCUUACACCAUACACUGCAGAAUGCAGGUGGUGUCAAGUGGCUGGCCAGUGAUCCAAGUCCUCGAGCCUUGAUGUCUGUGCGCUUGUUCCGGUCUGUAACACGGCUUAUUAACGAUGCACUCAAGUUUGUUGGUUGCUGUGAUACUUGUGGGGAUGCCUUUGGCAGUGCUGCUUUGGAUCAACUUGUUGCUAGCUUAACCACCAGGUUACUCCCACUACUCACCGCUAGUAAUGACCUUCAUUACUAUAAUCUAGUUGUACUUGGCUGUGUGUUGGAAUGCCUCGUUCAUGUAACAGAGUUGGGUUGGCCUGGUGAAGAACUCUCACAUCAACUUGUACAAAGUCUUAUAAGGUUGAUUAGCACAUUCCAUGUUGGUCGAGGAAGAGCACACAACUCAUAUAUGGGACGGAUGGUGACUUUGUACUCUUCAAUUGCUCUGGUGCAUUUGCUCUCUAACCCAAGAGGUGGUCUUACACAGGAUGUUGCAACAAAGUCAGGUGAAGAGGGCUUGCUAGACUGGUCUUGGUUGGUCUCACUGUGGGUGUACCAGGACCCUACUGUGACCAGUGUUGGGCUUAAUGUAGCUACUGCUCUAAUUACUCAAGCUACAGGACUGAAGCUACUCCACAGCAAUCUUACCCAGGUCUUGGGAGGAGUGUGGGGCGCUGCUUUAAGUUACUUGCUGUCAGACGGUCGAAGCUGCUUAGUCCGAACUUGUGCUGCACAACUCCUGAUAAAGUUGACAAGAACUGGUCCAACACGAAGUAAUCCCUGGACUUCUCCGGUUGUGACAGAUACUCUUACAGGAGAAUCAGUGGAAGGCUUGGCAGCACUAAUGGUCUUGCUUGAACACUGCAAAUUUUAUAGUGUGGUGCAUUCAUGUUUGGCAAAGUUGUCUGUCUCCAAGGAGCAGUUAGCUGUAAACUCUAAAUUCACCAGUGCGGGAGAAUGGGAUAUGUCUCUGAGUCGACUCAGUUCUUUUUAUGUGCCAGAGAGUGAUAAUCACAGUACUGAUGGAAACCUGAGUGAUGUAAAUGAUGGAAGCACAUUACAUACGUCAAUUGAGCUGUACGAGAGUCUUUUGAGACUGUUAAUAAAUAUCCUCCUCCUCCAACCCACCCAGGUAAUUUCACAGCUGUCUUCACAUAAUAUUAUAUCGUUGGUAAUAACUCAGCUCCGUUUCACUGUCUGUCAUGUCAAGUGUUCAGAAUAUCACUUAAAAAUUGUAGAGAAAGCUCUUUUAUUAAUUGCCGCUAUAUUAAAGCAUGACCCUACUCGAGCACCUUCACUUGCUCGUGAUACAGGUCUUGUGCACCUCUGUUUAGUAGUGCUGUCCUCGGGCAUUGAAAGGUCAAGUGUUGCUGUAGUGAGUUUGGAAGUUUUGAAUGCCUUAUUAUGUGGGAGAGGUUGGGGGGCAGUGCGUGUCGUUGAAUGGAUAUCUGCUUCACCUGCUCUCACUCUACGUCCUAUAGUAAUGGGCCUCCAUUCUUGUGCUCCUCUUGAGCAUCAGACUGCUACACUUGCAUUUGUUACAAAUCUCUUGCACGAGGUGUUUCACAGUGAAAUAGGCAAGAAGCAGGAGCUCCAAGCAGCCAUCUCGGGAGCACUAGAUGUCCCUGUUGAACUAUUAAGUGAGCAACGUGUGUGUGCAGGUUGGGAGCUGUCACGUUACCUUAUUCAGUUGAUUUGUGGUUUACCCAAUAGUGAGGACCCAAACACACUAACUGCAGGGAAGCAGAAGGUUGAAACUUUGAAUAUAGAACAUAUUUCUCAGUGCUUAGAUUGCCUAAAAAUGUUGUUAUUAGUUUCUUAUAGUGCCAAAGAAGCUGGUCACCAUUUCCGCCUCUUUUUGCUUCCUACACUUGCAAAGCCACUUUCAGAUUUUGAGAACAAACUCCGAACAAUCAACAUUCAUAUUACAACUCAAUUAAUGAAGAAUAAAGAAACAAAAGAGAGUAUAUGUAAAAUUAUACAACAUUUAGAGGUAGCAACAAAUUGGAUUGAGUCGAGGGGUAAUUGGUCUGUGUCUGUAGGCGAAUCAUUUGUGCCUUUACUUCACCCACUUUGGGCACCAGCACUUCGUGCAGUAGCUCUCAUGGAAGCUGUUUUGAGAUUCUUGUUAGCAGCAUCAGCUCAUCAUGAAGUUUGUAUGUUUCUGACUCGCACAAGUGGAUUGCCUGGUGUGCUGCUCAGCACGUCUCGUACCAAGAGACCUCUGCUUGCAUGCAUCACUAUUGCAGUUUGCCAACAGGUAGCAAAAUUGCUCACAAGCAACAGAAAUCUUACAUUGUGCUUUACAGAUUUUUCUAAAGAUAGCUUUCUUGCAGCAAUUUCAGUUCUAAUAAACUGUGCAAGAGUACAUGAAUGUGCAUUUGUUAUGAACAAACAUGACUUGGUGGCCUCUUUAAUGAAGUGGUUUGAGUGCAAGGUAGCUAUAGAAGAGGGUAUGACUAUCACAAGAAGCUUAGUGAAACUACUUGUUAUUUUAACUAGACAUCAUGAUUCACAAAUUGCAGUGUGCAAGUCAUAUGGGUGGCUUGGUAUCAUACAUUACCUUGUGCUACAGGAUGGCUUACAGCAGGAUGCACUCAGAAUCAUGGCUAACAUUUCUCUCAAUCACUAUUUGGCUCACUCAAUGUUAGCCUCUGAAGAUAUGAUCAAAACUAUUAUUGACAUUAUUAAAAACGGUGGAAAUGAAGCAUGGAUAGAGGUUGCUUUAAGGAUUCUGUGGGCACUAGUAUGUAACAAUCAGAGGGGGCAGGCAAUAAUUAAACAGCACCCAGUUAUACCCAUGUUAAAGCACCUAGCUGAAUCCCAGACAGGUAAAAUUGGUAGCUUAUCUGAGAAUAUACUAGACAUUUUGAAUUGACCUGUAGAGUAUCACAGUUGUUGGAAUGUGGUACUCCUCGUGUAGUGGCUGAUAGAUGAGGGAAAAUGCAUUUGAUCACUAUAUUGUUAAUGUAAAUUUGUUAGUCAACCAAACAAUACAUAUGUAAAUAUUGUACAUGGUAUAAAUAGUUUUUAGAUUAUAUACAACUUGUAUACAAUAUACUGUAUAUAUAUAUAAUAUUAUAUAUAUAUGUCGUACCUAGUAGCCAGAACGCACUUCUCAGCCUACUAUGC